AUGCCGCCGCCGUACGGUCCCGCAGAGCCUAUGCCUGACCUCACCAACAAAAUCAUACUUAUCACCGGCGGCGGCUCGGGCAUCGGCCUCGCCUUCGCGCAACACUGCUUGCGUCUCUCCGCUCGUGUGGUCAUCGGAGACAUCAACCUUACUCAGGACGCCAAGAGUACCCUCGACGCCGCCGGGUCGGCGAAAGCAGUCUACAGACGCUGCGACGUCACCUCCUGGGCGGACCUCCACGACCUUAUCAGCGCCAGCGUAGGCGCCUUCGGUGACGUGCCCGAUGUGUAUGCGCCCGUAGCGGGGAUCUUCGAACCCGGGUGGUCGAAUUUCUGGGACGAGGGUAUGGUCGAAGGCCACCCUGACUAUGAAGGCGGCUACCGCACAAUGCGAAUCAACGUCGACCACCCGAUCCACCUCACCCGCCUCGCCCUCAAAGCCCUGGCCGGCGCAAACAAGCAGGGCGUUGUAUGCUUGGUUGCGUCUACAGCGGCGAUUCGUGCGGGGUAUUUGUUUAGCUUGUACAGCGCGAGCAAGUGGGCGAUCAGGGGGUUCGCGAAGAGUAUGGCGCAGGCAGAUGUCGAGGAGGGGGUUAGGGUGGUUUGUGUCAUGCCGGGGUUGGUGGAUAGUCCGUUGUGGCGGGAUCGGCAGGACAAAAUUAUGGAGUGGGCUAAAUAUGAUAUGAGGAGGGGGCUGAUGCCGAAGGAUAUUGCGGAGGUUAUGGUCAAGAUGGUGAGGGAUGAGGGGGGAUGGUGUAGUGGGGGGACGUGUGUGUUGAAGACGGUGGAUGAGGAGAGGGUGUUUGAGAAGGGGUGGAGGGAGCGGGAGAAGGAGUAUGAUCCGAGUCCGAGGCCGGAUGCGGAUUUGACACGGGUAAGGAACGCCUUGGAUGGAGAGAGGGGGAAGGGUUGGAAGAGGAGGGAGGGAAUGGUAGCUUAG